UUUUAGCAUUGCCCGUGGUGGAGUCGUAGGCAAAAAUGAAAUUUGUUAUAGAUUGGGCAAAAAUUUUAUUAAAUUACAUUCGCAAAAUAAAUGUACAGAAUUUUGGUUAGCAAGAUUUUUCGGUUAUAAAGAAAAGAGGGAUCAUGAGGGUCUUGAGGGAUAAAGUGAGAUUUUUUCGAUUAAGAUUGGCAGAUUUUGAAAUUUAAAAGAAUAAGAACAUUUGGAGAUGUUAUCUCUAAGCAUCCAAACAUUAAUCUAUUUAAAUUUACAAAAGAUGGAAGAAUCAACUAACAAAAAAGUUGGUGAAUUAACUGAAGAAUUCGAGCAAAUUAAUAAUUUGAAUAAACAAUUGUGUUUUGUAAAACUUGCAAAUAAAUGGAAGGAAAUUAAAGAAAAAAGUAAUGAAGCUCCUUGGUUUACGGAAGAUUGUUGUGAAGCUAAAUGUAUCAAUACAGAAAAUCCUGUUGGUAAUUGUGUUAAGGGGAAUGGAUUUGCUAAUUUGAUUGAUGGUGAAAAUAUUGAAUAUAUUGAACCAAAGAAUGAUGAACGUUAUGGUUAUCCUUUAGGAAUUGAUAAGUCAACUACCAUUUAUGCUGAAAAUUCAUUUAAUAAACCGAAGGACAAUUCUAACCAUUCUUUAUUUUAUUUUGAAGUUAAAUAUAUAAGUAAAAGUAAUGAAGAGCGAAUUAAUCAUAGAAGCAUUCAUGUUGGCCUUGAAAAUUCAAGCAAAAGUUAUGCUAGCUUGAAUUUCAGUGUAUACGGUGGCAAACAAAUCCAGUUUAAAGUUCAAACUAAAAAAGGUCGGAAUGGUAGCCUUUAUCUUCAAAAUAUUCUUUGGAAUAACAAUGAUAUUCUUGGGUGUGGAUUAGUUUAUCCGCCAUCUACUACCAAUAACUUCUCUUACAUUUUCUUUACGCAUAAUGGAAAACAAAUUGGUAUUUAA